AUGGAGCCGGCCCGGGAGCCCCCCGCGCGGACCCGGCCCCCGCCGCCCGCCGCGCGCCCGGCGCCCGCCGCCGCGCCCCGGCCGCGCUCGCCCGCCGACGCCGAGGCCCGCGGCCCCGAGGGCGCGCUGCGGAGAUCGGGGUCGGGCUACGAGGGCAGCACCAGCUGGAAGGCGGCCCUGGAGGACACCACCACGCGGCUCUUGCUGGGGGCCAUCGCCGUCCUGCUUUUUGCCAUCCUGGUGGUGAUGAGCAUCUUGGCUUCGAAGGGCUGCAUCAAGUGUGAAGCGCCCUGCCCGGAGGACUGGCUGCUCUACGGCAGGAAAUGCUACUUUUUCUCCGAGGAGCCGAGGGACUGGAACACGGGCAGGCAGUACUGCCACAGCCACGAAGCGGCGCUCGCUGUCAUCCAGAGCCAGAAGGAGCUGGAGUUCAUGUUCAAGUUCACGAGGAGGGAGCCCUGGAUUGGCCUGCGGAGAGUUGGGGACGAAUUCCACUGGGUCAAUGGGGACCCAUUUGAUCCGGACACGUUCAGCAUCUCCGGUCCAGGGGAAUGUGUGUUCGUGGAGCCCACCAGGCUGGUGUCGACAGAGUGCCUCAUGACCCGGCCCUGGGUGUGCAGCAAGAUGGCCUACACGUGAGGGACCGCAGGCUGGAGGCGGCAUCUCAACUCGGGCCCACGGGAGGCAGGCGUCUGCCCUGAGUCUGGCCUCCAGUGGGAGCCGCCUGCCCACUCCAAGUGGAAGGGGUGGGGUGGGGCAUCUCUGCCCUGUCCCCUCUCUCUGGGUCUCCUCUGUCCCCAGGCAGGUCCUGUGGCUCAGCAGUUAAAUCCCAUAUUCUAAGUAGCACAUAUGCAUAUGCAAAUGCACACACACGCACACACACACACACACACACACACACACACAGAGGCCCUGCUCCGCCCACCCUUAGCUACCCACAAGCCCUUCCUUUGCCCUGGUGCUUGGGGAAAGCUGGAGGGCUGGCAAGGCCGCCAUGAAGCUCCACCCUCCCCCAUGGCUUCUCUUUCGGGGUGCUGGGGAAGGCAGGUAAGGCAAGGCUUCCUCCUCACCCCCCUCCAAUCUAGCCCAGGCCCGGAGGCCCCUGCGUCCAUCUGCCCUCUUUGCCUUCCCAGGGUCCUCAGGCAGGGCCGCUGCUGUGUCCGUGGUGCUGUUGUAUGGAUCACUAACGGAAUAAAA